UUUCCUGAUCGUCCUAACCCACAUUUGAAAAAAGCAAAAGCUAUAGCGUGAAACCUCUUACUGCAGACUUUAUUCAUCUGCCAUGUAGGAUUGAGAUAUUUAGAGCACCUAAAUACAUGUGGAACUGACUGAGUAUCAUUUCCGUGCUCAUUUUGCACAGGCAGAAUCUCACUGGACUUUGAUGGAAGAUUUAGCAGGUAAUCCAGACGUUUGGAAGAAAGAGGAUGGGUCAAACACCGUCAUAUACAACUAUUUUGAAUGUGACAUCAAUAGCAUGGUGGAUGCUCAUUUUAUCCGUGCCUUAAACAAAGGUAAACCAAGUUCCAACUACAGAAAAGGCCCAGUGGAGGACCGGCAAUUGGAAUGUUCAUCAUCCUUGGGUCCUGCAGGUCCUCAUAAGACCUCACAUGGCGCACUUCCAACAGCUGUGGAGCCUCUUACAGCCCUGCCUCUGUCGUAUGGUCUGACCGGUGAAACCCUGGACCUGCUGACUGGAGGGCCCGGGCAGAUGGUAGGUGUUGAACUGCCCUCUCUGUUGUACUCGCUGCCGGAGCCUGUUGAGGACCUGGACCUGAUGGAGAGGAAUUAUGGGAGCUCUCUGCUCAGAGUGCUGCACGGUGACCGCCCGGAACUGGGGACAGUAGUGGUGGCUGGACCCAAGGCUGGGGUCAUCCACAGCUGGGCCCACAACCAUUUGCGCACACAGCAGCCUAACCCUGAUGAAAGACAUAACUCUGGUAGAUUAUACCUUCCUACUGACUAACUACAGUACUUAAUUAAUGUCAUAUGGUGCUAUGCAAUGCUGAGCCAGAAUGUGACUUGUCAAAAGCUUUGUUUAGAAAACCUGACGUGUAUCUGUGUAUCUGCCUAGCAUAUUGAGUGAGAUGUGUAGUGCAGCAAAGGCCAUUAUACAACAUCACCUUUUUCUGGAAGAGGAUGAUGAGGGUCAUUUGAUUUAGCAGUUAUGCAUAGAGGGAUGUUGACUAAUUUAUUUUGUGUUGGUGUCAGGGUUUCAUAACAUGGGCAUUACCUUCCACAUCCGCUUGUGAUGAUUAGGUGAAUUAAGUGUUUUUAUUAAAACUACAUCUUACUAUGCCUAUAA